UCUUGACUGACGUAUAGUUUAUGUUGCCACCAUUACAAUACCACUUUAUUUUUUGUGUAUAGGUAUUAAAUUUUCCAAAGUCGUCAUUCAGGAUUUAGUUAUAUGGCGAUUGGCAGGUUCCUCCGUCGGAACCUGGUGAGUUUGUCCUUUCCAAUUUUGACUGUAAGUUGCAUUUGGUUCGAUUGGAACCACACCAGGAAGUGGAAGGCGCAGCAGAAGUUGAAUUAAGAUGGCAAUUUUCGGCAUCACGACGAGAUAUGUUUGGGGACUUAUCCCAUUAACCGGUUACGCCAUUGGGAGAUUCCUAGAUGAGCAGGAGACCCUCAGGAUGACAAGCUUCAGGGAUAAGUCCUAUCUGUACGGUGGCAAGGUAAAGGAGGGCGAACCACCAUCCUGGCCUUAGUUAUCUAACUCUGUAGUAAUAUUCCAGUUGUAUUAAAUAUCAUAGAAAUAUA